AUAUAUGUACACACACUGAUUUGGAGGAGGUAUUCAUCACCAUCUGAUCUUUCUCACUAGUGCAUGCAAACCAAGGCAUUCUGCAAUCACCCAGUUGUGAAUUCCGUCAAAACCUUCAUAGAGAUAUAUAUAUAUAUAUAUAUAUCAAUGGAUUCUUCAAAGAUGAUGCUCGAGGGGAAACAGGUUAUUGGAAUUCCAAUCAUCUCACCAGCUUACUUGGUAGAGAAGACGCCAAGACGGUAUCUAAGUGGAUCUGCUACUUGUCAGUACCAUCUUCAAUCUUCUGCAAAUACAUUUAAGAAAGGGAAAGUAGAGUCGGUGUUUAAAAGAGUGAACAAGUUGGGAAAGAAAGCAGACAAUUUUGCUCAUGGAAUCCGAGAACAUGUGAGACUGGCGCCAAAGAUAAGCGAAACAGUGAAAGGAAAAUUGAGUUUAGGAGCUAGAAUUCUCCAAAUGGGUGGAGUUGAGAAAAUCUACAAGCAGCUAUUCAAUGUAAAAGAUGGAGAAAAAUUAUUGAAGGCAAGUCAAUGUUAUUUAUACACAACAGCAGGUCCAAUUGCUGGUCUCCUCUUCAUUUCCACAGAAAAGGUCGCGUUUUGCAGCGAGAGAUCGAUCAAGAUCACUUCUCCAAAUGGAGAAUUACUCAGACUUCAUUACAAGGUGAUGAUUCCUCUAAGGAAGAUAAAGAGAGUUAACCAGAGCGAGAACACAAAGAAACCAUCUCAGAAGUACAUGCAGAUUAUAACAGUGGAUGAUUUUGACUUCUGGUUCAUGGGCUUCUUGAAUUACAAGAAAGCUUUUAAAUCUAUUCAGCAGGCGAUCUUCUCUCAUCAGCAUGCAUUGUAGAUGAUUUAUUCAUUAUAUAUGUGUCUGAUCACUCUCUGGAUGAUCAUUUCAUUCACUGCAAUUUUUCUCCUCUGCUGCUUCAUCAGAUUGUAAGAACUAAUGGAACAGCUGUAGGAUCCUAGAUAGAGAGAGUUCAAGAUUGUAUAAAUUAAUUUUUCUUUCUUUCUUUUUAUUUAGCUAUAAAAAUUUUCGUGUGCCUAUUAUAAUU